AACAUCAUACGAGAAAAGUGCCAAUGAUUCCAAGGCUGUCUGCUAUAGCCCCUAUACUGCCAUUGCGGAUCGCUGUUUGUUUGUCGAUCACCAGACAGAUGGAAGCUGGUAUGACAUGCGAGAGUACUGUAACCUUAUAAAUGGAGACUUUCUCAAGCUGGAUGACGCUAAUCUCCUUACUGAUAUCGUUGAGUACAUUACUUACCAAGUGGGUGUGAACAGAGACUACUGGAUCGGGGGGAGUGACGAGAACCACGAGGGUCUUUGGCUGUGGACGGACGGAACUCUCAUGCGGACAGGUGUUCCCUUGUGGUACCAUUGCACCUCCAUCUCUCAACAACCAGAUGGUGGCUCCUCAGAGAACUGUGCCGUCAUGCGCUGGGACUCAUUUUACCAUAUCCAUGAUGUGUCUUGCUACACUUCUCGGUCUGUCAUUUGUGAAAGCAGGACACAUUAAUCUAACAAGUUUUGGCCACAGAAAAGAUAUACAAAUUGUUUUUUAUUACAAAUUUUCUUUUAUAUCAUAUUGUGCCACAAGCCGAGAUCAUUGGCAAAGUACACAUUAACCAAAUGAUAUCUAUAUACUAUGUACAUUCGUUUAUCACGCUGCCCGUGGCCACACUGCCUUAUGCAUCUAACUUUUCUAAUCUGUUCUGAAAUCUUUUUUAGCUGUAACAUUGCAAGAAUAAAUAUUCUAAAGGAGA